CUGAACUUUAUUCUGCACAUUCAGCGCUUGUCAUUGGUGUAGUUUAAAAGUUGAACAACUUUGAUAGAGUGAACUUGAUUAAAUCUUGAUCAAGUAAAUAUUUUAAUAUUGCCUUUAUUAUAUUGUGUUAUACAAUAUUUCUGUUAUUAAAACCAGUGCAAUUGUGUAAUAUAUUUGCUGUUGAACUGUGAGGUGAAAGUGAAAUAAUUAAUCAUUCAGUGUUUUUAUUGUGAUAAUCUUCAAUUUUCUGUAUUAAUGUCAAUAGGUUGAUUAUUCAGCAUUUCUUCCUAUUGAAAUUGGUUAGUAACUAUCGAAAAAGAACUUCUUUAAUCUAAAGAAUGAAGAUUUUGAUUAUAAUCUCUUCACUUUCACUCUUGGUGUCGGCAUUUGAUGAAAACACUCUGGAUGUCGCCAAACAAAAGUUAGCGGAGGGACUGGACCAGUUGCCUGACAGUGUUAAGAGUGCCAUCCCUAACGGUCUGAAUAUGGACAAUGUGCCUUCCAUUGAUGAGGGAGAGGAGUUGCUGAAGGAACGCUGUGAGAAGUACGGAACUAACGAAUCUUUCGACAGAGUUUUGGCUGCCAGGAGCGAGGUCCAGUUCUGUUUCGAAGGAAUGGUGAACUUCACCGAAUUUCAGGCGGAGAUAGAGCAUGCGAAACCUACCGGAGAUCUUGAUAUUGUCUUCAGGAAGUACUGCGGAAAGACGCCACACCUACGAGGGUGUGUCUCUAACUUCACAGAGGCCAUUGAACCAUGCCUGAAUCCUGAUGAGCGUAUCUUGAAGGAGACUAUUAUUAACGUAACAGACGCUCUCAUCAGCUUCAUCUGCUUCAAGGAGGGUGACCGCAUUGCUUUGUUUAUCGCAGAAGAGGGACCCGAGUGCCUGAAGAGUAAACAGGAGCAGAUCCAGGAAUGUAUCAACUCCACUUUCUCCCACUACAUCCCUAAGGAUAUGCCAGGAAAGCAAGAGGAGUUGCCUCUGUUCAAGAUGGAGGAGAAGGAGUGUGGAGAUCUGAGGAAGCUCCAGAAGUGCGUGAUCAAACAUCUGGAAAAGUGCUCAGAGCCAACGCCAGCCAACAUCGUGGACAGUCUGAUCAAGUUUGUGCGUAAGAUGACACCAUGCGAGCAGUUCGAGCCCGUGACCAAGAGCGGCGCAGGUCUGCCAACUGUCGGUGGAUUUGUGUUAGUCUUCAGUACAUUUAUUGUAUUAGCUAGUAAACUCCAAUAACAGUGCAGUGUUCAUUGGUAGCUGUAAGUAUAAUAUAGUAGGACAACCGACAGAAGAACCCUGUACGAAUACAAUUAACACUCUGUGGAAGGUUCUUGUGUCAGUUGUCUCGCAUCAUAAUGCAAGAGGAAAUUGCUCAGAAUGUAAAACUCGGUAUGUGAUAGCAAUGUUGGUGUUUUUUUAUUCGGUUUAAAAUGUGUAUUCAGAAAUAAUUUGGUGCUAUGCUGCAAUAGCUUUAAUUGUAUGUGAAUUCGAUAUACAGUAACUGUUGUAUAUCUAAUAUAAAAUAGCUUGUAGAGAAAUUUACUCUAACCAAUAUUCAGAUGUGCUGUGUGUUGUUGAGAAUUGCUCUAGAAGUAGCCAGUAGGUGGCUUUCACUAAUGAUAUUUUGAACUUUGCUAGCAAUAAGGUAAAAGCUAUCUUUAUUCUACAGACAGAAGUAAAUGGCCAAAACACACACACACACACACACACAUAUAUAUAUUCCAUUUAUAUAUAAUUUUGAUAUACAAGUGACUUGAAGUUUGAGAGUUUUGAUUUCAAUCUAACAUUCUCCUGCCUGCCACAGAUGCACAGAAUGUACUGUGUCUCUAAUACUAACAAUGAUACAUGUUCAGCAAUAUAAACACAGUUCAUGUGUUCUUUUUUCUUUGAACUGUUUGUAUAUGUUUUAACACCUUCGUUGCAGCUCUAAACCGUGUGUUCUGAAGUAAUCUAAUACCACAGCAUGCAUAUUAUGGUGUCUGCCGCAGUAAAUGUGUUAAACUACUGUAUAAUAAAUGUCUAGUUCAAAUACAUGUAGUUAACACCUUCACUGCGGCAAGUGUUUAAAACCAUAACAUGUGCACUAUGGCAUUACCACAGUCAAUGUGUUAAAAUGUGUUUUUCUUAAUGUGUUCAGUUUUAGCCAGCCAUGAACAUAAUCUGUUUUGGAUAGAACAUAUGUACACAAAACCUGUUCACUCCGAUUCUAGAAGGCAUUUACUCAGAGCUGAUCCAAUGUUUAUUGUAUUUUGUGUUCUGCAGAAAUUGUUUUGCUCCUUUCUUUCCAACUAUCUAUCAAGUUUUUUUAUUACUGCUUUUUUUUUGCUAAUAUUUCAGUUGCCUAGUAAUAUUUGGUUUCAAAUAUUAUCGGUUUCCGAUGCUGAUCAAUUUUUAUAUCAAAUAAUUUAAAUCAAAAUUCUCAACAAUACAAUUUUUAUGACACAAGACUAACUUUAGUCCAUUUAUUUUACUUUCUGGCUUUUUUCAGGACCCAUAUGACUUUCUGGCUUUCUGUUUCAGGCUUCAGCCGAAAAUAAUUAAGAACUUACUUUACAGCCAUAUUCAAUCAGUGUUUUGGUGUUAUUAGAAUGGUAGUUUUGGUGCUCAAUGUGUUCAUUAGAUUACAAUCAAAUCGUGAUGGAAAUGUAAUUUUUAUAGUAACCUAGACACUUUCAGCCCUAGGUGUCCAUGUUGCUGUACAGCUUUUAUGAUUGGGUAUUCACGUAGGGCUGAGAGUGUUUACUGCUCACUGAAUAUAGUUUUCCAUCUUUAUUUGAAAGCUACACAAUACACUGAAAAAUAAGCUGUCAGAUAUGUCAUUCAGAAGUUACACCAAAGUAUUAAAAAAUUGUCCACGGAUUUGAUUUGAUAAAACCGUGGACAAUUUUUAAUACUUUAUUACUAUAUUAUUAUUACUACAUUACCCGCUAUAUUAGUAAGUCUGAUUAUUUGUGAUUGAUUUCAUUAAAAUAUUGUUAAUUUUGUGGUAAAAAACUAACCUAUAAUUUUGCACUGGACCAUAUAGGGAACUGACAUAAAAUUUCCCAUCAUACGUCUAUAAUUAAUAAUAUGGGUCACUUAAUUAUUAGAGAACAGUAGCGCGAAAUUCUAUUACAGAAGAUAGUAAUUAGUCUGUAAAAACAAUGAAGGUCUAAAAACACAUUUUAUCCUUAACUGCUUUUCAUUUUAUUAUGUAUCUCUUUCCCCACACUUAGUCAUUUUUUAAUAUGUAAUACCAGGUGUGCUUUUUAAGUAAGUACCGUUUUGGAAUUCCGCUGCGGUCAGUGACCCAUGCUUGCACACUGGCAACCUACAUCUGUUGUUAGCAAGUCAUGUGUGCUAUUACAGCAAAAAUCAAAUAUGCUUACUUUUUUACAAGUAUUGAAUACUGCCUUCUGAAAAAUACACAGAGUUAUCUGUUUUUUUAGAACUAAAGGCUUAAAUCAGUUGAAACUUACCAUAGAAAUUUAUGAAUUGUACGGAAAAAAAAAAAUAUUAUGAGUGAUGGAAUGCCAAUGGUAACAGCUUUAUAUGAUUGCUAAAGGAAUGUUCACCACGAGAAACUGAUCGUGGUCUGGACGACCAUCAGUGAUUAAAGUGAAUAAAACAGUAACACACUAUUCAGUUGUUAUAAAAUUUUGUGUUUAACUGAGCAGUUCCCUUUUGUUUUAUAUCUGUAUGAAACGUUUAAACUAUUGAGAAAAGGGACUGGUUUGCUACAUGACAAAGUCCAUCCACAUAUGGCAAAACAAACUCAAGAUCUCAUCACAUUUGGCUGGGAACAAUUGGAAAAUGCUCCGUUCAGUUCCAAUCUAGCGUUCAGUGACAACCAUGUUCUUCGAUCGUGUUGUAAUCACUGUUAAAUUAGGUGGGAAACUUCUACGAAAUGUUGUGUUUUGAUAUAAUAAGUGCUUUAAUAUUUGUGGUAAUUAUGUAGAAAAAAAGUGUUGGCUUCCAUAAAAAACUAAAUUGUUCAAAUAUAUUGACAUUUUGUAUUUUAUGUAUCAGAACUGUAC